AUGCUGUUAAAAAAUAUAUUCCGACCUAUAGUGAGUUGUGGGAUGGGCUUAAUGAAGGGUUAUUCACCAUCAUUAAUUAUGACAAGAAGUUUGAUGAAAACACACAAAGCAACGGCCAAAAGAUGGAGAAAAAACGCACAUGGUUAUAAGAGAGGUAUUGCAGGCAGAAAUCAUGGGAACUGUGGUUGGUCUAAACGUUCGUUGAAAGCAUUAACAGGCAGAAAAGAAGCAAGUUCUGCAUAUAUAAAACAUCUUAAAAGGUUGCUUCCGUACCAUUGA